UCGGGUCGCUAAAACUAGUUGGUAGUAUUAGUGCAGGCGGUAGUAGUUCAGUAGUACUACUAGUGAUUGCUUGUAUUGGUGGUGGUGAUGGUGGUGGUAGUGCGACGAUAUUACUGGCGCGGCCAAAUUGGUGGUGGUGGUAGUGGAGUGGAGUACGCGAACCAGUCGCAACACUCCCUCGCACACGUAAGAGCGUGAAACGGACUCGAGAGUACACGAAGUGAGUCAGUUCGCUGUCGACUGCGAUCGGGAUAGGACGUGUUCGUCAUUUUUUUUAUCGAGUUUAUCACCUAGGCAGACUCGCGAGAUUAGUUCGCACCGAACAUCAACCUCGCCCGGAACUCUGGGAUUACCAAAGCGACAGACCAUCGCUUUGUUACACGUGCCGAGAUUUGUGGAUCUAUACCAGAGGGAAAAAAAGAAAAGUGUAUUUGUGCGUGAGGGUGCGUGAAUCGAGGAAGGAGUGAACCGGUGAAGUGCCGGUGGUCCAUGAGAGGAAAAUGAGCGAGCACGUGGUGGAAAGUACGUUCCAGCUUUCAGCUUUCAUGAAAGCCGGUGUCAUGACGGAUUCUGAGAGGGAUAGCAGUUCCUGUCUCGAUGCUGAUGAGGACAGCAGAUCGGACCUACACUCGCCUACCGCAUCUGAAGACAGUGUCGAGGUACAGGUGACACCGAUUUCUUUGCGAAACAAGCGAAAGCUGGCAGAGCCGCGCAAAAUCCAAGAACCGGCUGUCAUCGCGGCACCAUUGAAGAAGAGGCGUUUUGAUCCAAUCUCUGAGGAAACCACCGUGGACCAGGAAGAGAACAGAUCGCUAAGCACAGCGAGUCCCUUCAGACCAUGGGUUCCUGUUUCCUGCAAAAGCGAAUGCAAGACAACUGCAUCCUCAACGACGACGACGACGACGACGAUGACGACAAUGACCACGAUGACGUCCAACACCAUGACAACGACGACGACAUCAAUGACAUCAUCGACAAAAACAUCAUUUAGCGAGAAAGAAGGAGAGAAGAGAAAAAUGGAGCAGGACGAGACGAUGCAGAGGUUGCAGGAAUCGCAUAGAAGACUGCAACAACCUUCCAAUCAUAACAAAUCAAUUGUUUCCCCUCGACGAGAACUUCGUCAGAGGUUGUUCGAGCCGGCGACAACAACGGCAACAUCUACAUCGAGCAUCAUCCCUUUACCACAUCCUAGAUUGCAGGAUGAGCCUCUGUCCUUGGUGGUGAGAAACGAGACACCUCGAGUGCCAUCGCAUCCCGCCGUAAGCGGUACCUACGAGAAGACACCGUCCUACAUGAUGGAACAUUUAUUAGCGACGUCGUCCACUCGUAAUCACCAGAAUCAUCAGAAUCAUCGAAACCAUCAGAAUCAUCAAACGGUGUCUUCGAAACAUCAUCAUCAAGGAGGACAGCAGAGAAACUAUAAGAAUAUGACAAGGGAGAGACGGAUAGAAGCGAACGCUCGAGAGAGAACCAGGGUGCACACUAUCAGCGCGGCCUUUGACACUCUGAGACGCGCCAUACCUGCUUACUCGCACAACCAGAAACUGUCAAAAUUAUCGGUACUAAGGAUCGCCUGCAGCUACAUCAUGACGCUCAGCAAAAUUCUUCAAGAGAAUGACAGCGAGGUUAUGACUACGAGGAACAAUGGCUCGGCAGAUUUGGAUGGUUGCGUAGAACUAGUAUCUAGGACCAUUCAGACGGAGGGCAAGCUCAGAAAGCGAAAAGAUGAUUGAACGAAUUCUGAUUUGAAUAUGAAGAAUAUUCAAGGAAACAGAAAAUAUACAGACAAUGAACUCUGUUAUGAAAACAAAAAUAGAAAAGAUUUCGCUCCACAUACGCUUGUCAAACGCUUCGUCUUCUAUUCUCGAUGCCAUUCGAUUUGAGGAAGAGGGAAGGGCGAUCUAGAUUUAAUCUAAUAUAAAUAGUUUAAAUAACCAUCGAUUUUUUAAACGCUACGAGAUUGUCUCGAUUGUUCGUAGAGUAUCGAUCAGAAACAUAUUAAUUGAGAUUGCGAAUUAUGGGCGCCAUGAAGUUUUUUUUUUUUACACAAAAAUAUGUGUGCAUUAAUAAAAUGAUGAGUUUUGUUUGUAUAAAACUAUGGAAUAGUUAUUCUCGUUGUUAAACUUGUAUAGGAUUUAUGUAAUACCUCUUCAAAAUUGCAAUAAACAAACUUUAGAUUUUAAUGAAUAUUCUCGACAUAGAGAAUUUCUGGCGCCCAUGAUUAUGAGACGGGCCAUCUACCUACGUACCGAUAGCAGCUGUGCAACCAGACAAUAAAUCUUUAGAAAUAUCCUUAUACUUAAACGGCGCUUGUUUUAUGGCAAACUGUUGCAAUCGCACCGCAUCAUGAAAAUUAUGAUGAAGAGCGGAGAAUUUUCCAAAUCCAAUUUUUAUG